GCAUUUUUCUCCUUUGUUCCUCCUUCCGUAUUUGCCCGCGCUUUUGUCACUCAAAAUCCAUUUCCUCCAUUCUUCACCUUCGUCUUUGUUCGAACCCUAAAUCAAUUCACUCUCAGUGUUGCUGCAUGGAUAUCACUGAAGAGCAACGAAAGCGGGCCGAAGCAAACCGUUUAGCUGCCAUAGCCAAACGCAAAGCACUGGUUGAAUCUUCUAAUGGCCAACUACAACGCCAGGACCCAUGGAAGCUUUUCAAAUGUCGCAAGAUUUCCACUGAGCUAAGUGCUGCCAGUGCAGUCCAAUCUUCGAAAAGAUUAUCCUGUAAGAAUACCCACUUGCCUGAAAGGUUUCGAGUGAGGCUGGAAAUUUCCUCCCCCGACUCAUUCUCGAUCACGCCGGAAGCCGUGGAAGGAUACUCUUACCCGGGAGAGGAGAAUUGCUUCAGGAAAUUGAGCGACUUUUUAUUCAAUGUCACUCAUUCUCACUACACACAAAUUAUAGGCGGAGGAAAGGCUUGUGUCUAUAAGCUGGGGGACUAUUGUCCUGUUUUGAAAUGUUUAAAGAACUCCAAGGACAUUGAUGUUGAAGAGAUACCAUGGACUACAUUUAAUGUAGUCGAGAGACUUUCACAUUCAUUUACUUUAGGACGAUGGAUGCCGUGCAGGCCAGAGCAUCUGUCAGAUGAGAAGGUCGAUGAACUAAUGCAGAAAUUACCUGAUCGGUUACUCAAUAGACUCUUACCUUUCCAACUUGAUGGUGUAAGAUUUGGCUUGCAGAGGGGUGGCCGAUGUUUGAUAGCUGAUGAAAUGGGUCUUGGGAAAACACUGCAGGCUAUUGCAAUUGCUAGCUGCCUCAUGGAUGAAGAGGGUUCAAUGCUCGUUGUUUGCCCUGCUGUUUUACGUUUUUCUUGGGCUGAAGAACUAGAGCGUUGGCUUCCAUUUUGUUUGCUUUCUGAUAUUCAUCUUGUUUUCGGUCAUCUGGACAAUCCUUGCCAUUUAUCAAAAUUCCCAAAAGUGGUGGUAAUAUCAUAUACGAUGCUUCACCGUUUAUGUAAGAGCAUUCUUCAGCAGAAGUGGUCUUUAUUGAUUGUUGAUGAAUCUCAUCACGUAAGAUGUGCCAAGAAGUCAUCUGAAUCAGAAGAGAUAAAGGCAGUUCUUGAUUUAGCAACAAAGGUCCAGCAUAUUAUUCUUCUAUCUGGAACUCCAUCUUUAUCAAGGCCAUAUGACAUUUUUCAUCAGAUAGACAUGCUAUGGCCUGGUUUGCUGGGAAAGACCAAGUAUGAGUUUGCAAAAACUUACUGCGAUGUCAAAUUUGUUCGUACAUCUCAGGGGAAAACUUUUAAGGACUUCUCGAAAGGCAUUCGAUUAGAUGAGUUGAAUGUGCUGCUCAAGCAAACUGUUAUGAUAAGACGUUUGAAAGAGCAUGUAUUGAUUCAACUACCACCCAAACGCAGGCAGAUCAUAAGAUUGUUGUUGAAAAGUUCUGAUAUAGUUGGAGCAAAGGUGGCUACUAGGGUGGUGAUCAAUGGUGAUCAGGAUAGAAAUGCUGCUGAAAACAAUAUAGACGAUAUUUUGGGGGAAGAGGAACCUGAUGAUGGUGGAGCUUGCGGAACUGGGAAACUUUCCUUUCAUGAACUGGGUGUUGCAAAGCUAUCUGGUUUUCGUGAAUGGUUUUCUAUUCAUCCAAUUAUUUCUGAAACAGAUGGUUUGAUGGACUUGGAUUUGAAGACCGAUUCCCAAAAGAUGAUCAUUUUUGCUCAUCAUCAUAAAGUUCUCGAUGGAGUACAGGAACUCAUGUGUGAAAAGGGAAUCCAGUUUGUUCGCAUUGAUGGCACAACUCUUGCUCGAGACAGGCAAUCAGCUGUGCUGUUAUUCCAGUCGUCAUCCGAGGUUAAAAUUGCUAUCAUAGGUAUUACUGCUGGUGGAGUUGGACUUGAUUUCUCUUCAGCACAAAAUGUUGUGUUUUUGGAAUUGCCUCAGUCACCGUCGUUGAUGCUUCAGGCCGAGGAUAGAGCUCACAGGCGAGGGCAGACCAAGGCAGUCAACAUAUACAUUUUCUGUGCUAAGGAUACGAUAGAUGAGUCUCAUUGGCGAAAAUUGAACAAGAGUUUGCGCCGCGUUACCUCAACUACUGAUGGAAAAUAUGAUGCAAUUCAAGAAAUAGCGGUAGAACGUGUUUCUUAUCUAGAAGCAUGUGGCAGAAGUGGUACAAGUUCUGAGAGUCAGAUGAACUCAGCAACAUGCAUUAAACUCUCCUCAAAAAUGGCGAGAGCUCAAGGCCAUGGCUCUUUGGAGGUUGAAGUUAAUGACGAGUUGAAUGGCUCUUUUAAGGUUGAAGUAAAAGAUGAGUUGAAUGCUAAGACUGAUUAUCCACCUGACCAAAAUGAUGACAUCGACAUAACAACUCAAACAGAUCAAGUAGCCAUUAAGGGUGAAAUGUUGUCCGGGCAACUGAACAAUGAUUCUCUCUCGAUGGGAAAAUCAGAAGAGAAUCGUACUACAGUUGACAAUAGAAGUCUUGAAAUUUCUUCCUGUCCUCCAUUGGAAAAGCAAGGUGGAGAAAAGGAUCAAGCACAGAAGGAAGAGAAGUUAUGUUCUGGGACAUCAAAAGUUGAUAAUGGUGAACCCCAUCUGAUCACUGAGCCUGAAAAAAGUUCCUUGAACCAUGUUCAUGUUCUGCGAUUUGAGAUUAGUCAGUAUACAGGAAGGGUCCACUUGUAUAGAUGCAUUCCUGAGAUAGACUUACGACCAAGGCCACUGUUUCUUAAUUUUCGACCAGAAGAAGUUGAAUUGAUAGACUGUUCUGUUGAUGACAGUGAAAAAACAGAUUUCAAUUUGGACGCCACACUCUACAAACUUGCUCUUCAAGAAUUUCUCAGUGAAUGGCGUAAGUUGAGACCCAUUGAGCAAAGAAAGUUAUAUGGAAAGCCACUGCAACUUCCUUUGGAUAUUGAAUUGUGCUACUUGAAGGAAAGCAUCAACCACAACGCUGAUGGAGUGUUGAAGGGUAAGAGUUUGCGGCGGACAACACCAAUCGAUGACAUUAGCCGACCAUUACCAUCUUCUGCUGUAUGGAAACUGGUCCAAUUGUGCUAUGGCUCUGGAAAAAGAAAGAAAGAAUAUUCUCAGGGUUGGACUCUGACAGACGAACCUCUUUGUAAACUAUGUCAAACACCAUGCCAGGGCAUCAAUGCAAAGACACCUGAAUAUUUUGAAGAUCUUUUCUGUAAUCUUGGCUGUUAUGAAGAAUACCGCGUUAGGAUUAGUAGCACAUCCCUCCGUCGGGAACUGUUUCAAAUGGAGCAUGGUGUCUGCUCAACUUGUCAUUUGGACUGUCAUAAGCUCGUAAAGCACAUAAGACCAUUGUCCGUGGAGAUGCGGCGCGAUUAUAUUGAGAAAGUAGCACCUACGUUGGCAAGCCGGAAAAAUUUGCUUGAAAAGAUUGUUAAUAAUCCAACUGAGGGCAACGCGUGGCAUGCUGACCACAUUGUUCCUGUUUACCGAGGUGGAGGUGAAUGCAGGCUAGAGAAUAUGAGGACCUUGUGUGUGGCAUGUCAUUUUGAUGUUACCGCUGAGCAACGUGCUGAACGAAGAUUAGUUCGGCUGAAAGCUAAGAAGCGACUUAGAGACACUAUCACUGAUAUCAAGAAAAGUGAAAAUACUGAAAGGAUAGAUAACGAUAUUCAGAAUCGAGUGCACGAUGCGCAAGAGAAUGUACUUGAUGAACAGCUAAUCUUAGUGAAGGUUCCUGGAAGUGCUUACUCCAAAGACGACUGCUUGGACAAUAAUACAGAGGGUCCCGAAGAGUCCACAGCAGCUUAGAGGUCAAAAUAUUUUGGUUUACAUUUUUCAAACAGCAAAAUAAUUCUCGUCGCUCCACAUUGUUGUAUAUCUGUCUGCCAUGGCUGGGUUUUGUGUGUGUUUUACAGUCCGAAUUGGCGACUCAAUCCCAGCUGCAACACAUGCGCCAAAGGAAGUAGCGACCAAUUGCAUUCUCGGACUUGACCGGCUGGAAAAUAUGUGCUGUAUGUUGUAACCACAUGCACGAUCCAAUUUGUUGCUCAAUUCCAACCUUACCCAUUGUUUGAACCUGCAAGUCAAUGAUGCUUGCUUGUUCCCAUAUUAGAAUUGCAAUAUGUUCUUGUAACUUAGAUCUAUUUAAUGUAAUUGCUUGAUUGGUCUGAAUUCUGGA